UGUGUGGAGAGACUUUUGCGCGGUUUUUGUGCUCACCUGUUUUAACGACAUGGACUUUUACGAUCACAUCAUUUUAGACAACAGCACAGACUCCGGGUCUGGGGAUUUUGAUGAUUAUGAACUUUGUGACCUUACGGACAACAAUGACUUCCCAAAGAUCUUCCUCCCUACUGUAUAUGGGAUUAUAUUUGUCUUGGGAAUCAUUGGCAAUGGACUUGUGGUGCUUGUGAUGGGCUUCCAGAAGAAGUCGAAGAACAUGACAGACAAGUACAGAUUGCACCUCUCCAUCGCCGACCUCCUGUUUGUCCUCACUCUGCCCUUUUGGGCUGUGGAUGCGGCCAGCGGGUGGCAUUUUGGGAGAUUUCUGUGCGUCACAGUCAACAUGAUCUACACUCUGAAUUUGUACAGCAGCGUGCUGAUCCUGGCCUUCAUCAGUCUGGAUAGAUAUCUGGCUGUUGUCCGUGCCACAAACAGCCAGGCCAUCAGGAAGCUCCUUGCAAAAAGGGUGAUCUACCUUGGAGUUUGGCUCCCGGCGACCCUGCUCACCGUGCCUGAUCUGGUCUUCGCCACAGUCCACAAUACGGGCAUGAAUACGAUCUGCCAGCUCACCUACCCGCAGCAGGGGAACAUGGUGUGGAAGGCUUAUUUCCGCUUCCAGCACAUCAUCUUUGGCUUUCUGCUGCCUGGUCUGAUCAUUCUAACCUGUUACUGUAUCAUCAUCUCGAAACUGUCCAAGAACUCCAAGGGUCAGGCCCUGAAGAGGAAGGCGCUGAAGACGACCGUCAUCCUCAUCCUCUGCUUCUUCAUCUGCUGGUUGCCUUACUGUGCCGGGAUCCUGGUGGACACUCUGGUGGCGCUGAACGUCAUAUCUCACAGCUGUUUCCUGGAACAGGGUCUGGAGAAAUGGAUCUUCUUUACUGAGGCACUGGCGUACUUCCACUGCUGUCUCAACCCCAUCCUUUAUGCUUUCCUGGGAGUCAAGUUCAGUAAAUCUGCCCGAAACGCUCUGAGCAUCAGCAGUAGAUCGAGUCACAAGAUGUUGACCAAGAAAAGAGGCCAUAUAUCAUCAGUAUCUACUGAGUCCGAGUCAUCCAGUGUGCUGUCCAGUUAAUGGACACUUUUGUACAUAAAACUUUCUGACAUGGAUGACUAAGCUUUCUUUUUUUUUCUUUUUAAAAAAGGACUUUACUACACUUUUUGUACAUUGUAAACUCUUUAUUGUGUUGUUAAUUGUUAUUUUGUACGACUUUCUUUUCUGGUGUUUUUAUUCAGAUAUUAAAUUAAUAUUUUUUUAAAUGUUAGUACUUUUUACUUAGUACUUUUAUUGCAGGGCCUAAAGGCAGAGCCUUGACAAAGUCUGUAUGCUUGCAGAAGUUCUUAUCAGGAAAUGUUGCAUAGUCUUUUGUCUGAUUCAGAAUGCGUAGUGUAAAUUAUUUGUACAUAGUUCAUUGUUUGCCAGUGUGUGUGUGUGUGCUGUGCACUUAGCUUUCCUAUUUCCCCAUAAGCUUUCUGAUAUUUAUUAAAAUGGUAGCUCACACUGUAAAAAUGUUUAAAGUGUUGUAGAGUUGUAAUUGAAUCAUGUCUCAAUUGUUGCAUGUUGACUUCUAUUUCAUAAUAAAACAUAAAAAUCACCACUUUUAA